CCGCGAAACGCCCCUGCUUCCUGCUUCGGUCGCACACCGCCGCGCCGCACUCCGCCGAUUCCCCAACCCCGACAAGGACGCGCCGCCGAGAAGAAUCCGACCAUGAGCGCCGCCGCGGCCAACGUCGCCGUUAUCGGAGCCGGAAUGACGGGCGCCGUGUGCGCGUCGCUCCUGGCCGCGCGCGGGGUGGCGGUGACGCUCUUCGACUCCGGCCGCGGCCCCGGCGGACGCAUGGCGCAGCGGAGGGAGGUGAUGGACGACGGCACGGGGCUGCGCUUCGACCACGGCGCGCCCUACUUCACCGUCAGCAACGACGAGGUCGCCCGGGUCGUGGGCGGGUGGGAGGCGCGGGGGCUCGUGGCCGAGUGGAAGGCCAUGUUCGCGUGCUUCGAUCGGGAGACCGGCAAAUUCAGGGACUUCGAUAAGGAGGGAACAAUGAAGAAGUAUGUCGGAGUUCCAGGCAUGAACUCGAUAUGCAAAUCCCUGUGUCAAGAGGAUGGUGUGGUGGGCAAAUUUGGUAUCACUAUUGGAAAGAUGGAUUGGCUCCAAGAUAGGAGCUCAUGGUCAUUGGCUAGCUUGGAUGGCACUGAUCUUGGCAGUUUUGAUUUUGUUGUGGCAACAGAUAAGAACAUAGCAUCACGAAAAGUUUCUGGGCUGACAGGAAAGCCACCGCCUCUUGAUUUGUCAGUAUUUCCACACUUAUCAGUAAUGAUUCAAGAUAUCCCAGUUCGCCCCUGUUUUGCUCUGAUGUUAGCGUUCUCAGAGCCUCUUUCUAUGGUACCUGUCCAAGGGUUCUCUUUCUACAAUUCCUAUUAUCUAAGCUGGGCCUUUUGUGAUAGUAGUAAGCCGGGACGUCAUGUACCUCCUAAUAGUCAAUCGUGGGUAUUGCGUUCAACCACUGAGUAUGCUUCCAAGGUAAUAGACAGUAUGGGUCCCAGAAAACCUUCAGCAGAUGCCCUUGCUAAGGUUGCAGAGGAAUUAUUCAGAGAAUUUCAGACUACAGGACUGAACAUUCCACAGCCUGUCUUUAUGAAAGCUCAUAGAUGGGGUGGUGCUUUCCCAGCCAUUUCUAUUGGCGGUGAUGAUAAGUGUGUCUGGGAAAAGAACAUGAAGUUGGCUAUCUGUGGAGAUUUCUGCGCAAGUCCAACUGUGGAAGGGGCUGUUCUUAGUGGCAUGAGAGGAGCUUCCAAAAUCCUUGGAUGUUUAAACUUACCAUCAGGGUUGUGACUUGUGAGUUUUGACUGUCAUCAAUUCUUCUUGAUUCUUCGCUGGUUUGUAUCUAUGAGUGCAUUUGUCGUUUAAAGAGAUGCACUUUUUUGUACAAAAAUAGUUAUCAUGCCCCUAUAGGGAUGAUAUCGGUUGUUGAAUAGUAUUAUGUGAAAUAAGAGAUAAGUGCUGAUUUGAUGGCAAGAA